AUGAACACUACCCUAAUGGCAGGUGCCUCAGAGACUGUAAUUACCUCCAUAAAGGACAGACCUGAGGUUUACGCUGAGUUGUAUGCACGCGUGUUAGUGCUCGCCGAUGGUGAAAAACAACUCGCUAUCGUAACAGCCGACUACGGGCAGUUCACACUCCAGUACAACAAAGUGCUGCUCGAUGCAAUCCAGGGUGCCACAGGCAUACCGCCAGAGCAUGUCGUCAUUAACUGUAGCCAUACACAUAACGCUCCGGGUGUAGACGGACGGUGGAUAACUGAGGAAUCCGAGGCGUGGUUGGCGACCUGUCUUGCUGAAUUGGUGAAAGAUGCAGUGGACAAGCUUGAACCGGCGACCUUACGCGUCGGACGUGCCCCCGUCCAAGUCGGCUACAACCGUCGCAUAAUGAAUGACGAGGGCCAGAUUGUAAUGGCACCUAACCCUGAAGGUGCGGUUGUGCCGUGGGUUGAUGUGUUAGGGGCUUACGAUGCGAAUGGAGACAUCAUCGCAGUGCUGUUCUCUCAUGCCGCGCACCCGUGA